AUGAGCCCAGAAAUACAACCAAACUGUAACCCACUAAGGGCGUAUGAGAAGCACCGCCGACGACUGUAUGAUUGCCUCGACGGAUACCAUAUAACGGAUGCGGAGAUAGACCGAAGUGUGACGGCUUUCUUCAAUUUAUUGAUAAGAUGUCCAUUAUUACCAUUGGCGGAGUUGCGUCAAUGUUAUUCGGUAUUUGAGAAGCAACUACCAGUUAUGAUGCGCGAGGCCUUUACUCAAGGCAUAGCGAGUUUGGAAGCUGCUUUGCCCAGGAAAAACGCGGCUGGAGGAACGAAUUCGUAUCCGAGUGAAGGAGUGGGUAGCACGAAGAGUGCGAAGAGCACCGACUAUAUACAUCGCCACUUGGACAGGAAUGGAGUAGGUUUUGAACGAAGUGCAUAUGACAAGGCUAGCAGUUUUGACAGACCUAAUUAUGAGAAUACUUCCUGUGAUCCAAAGACUGAUCCAGUAAGGGCAACGGAGCUACUCAGGGGAGCUGACCUGAUUCGAGAAGUCGUGCGGGGUACUGAUAGCCAAGUAGGACAGGAGACUAAGAUUCGGUCGGCUGCGGGGACUAUAUCGGGUGCGACUGUCGGAACGAAAAUUAAGCCAAUAAUUUCUUCAGGAACGGAUAAUGAAAUCGUAAUUCUGGACGAAUACUGCGCCAGCUUCGACGAGCAAUUACAACAGGUUGUACAAGACCUGCAUUUUACUUUGUCUACCUGUCCUGAGAAACCGUCUUUCGUGGAAGCCGUUCUCGUGCGUUUCUUCCAUGGCCAGGUAGUAGCCUGUUUAGUCGAGGUCCAAACAAUGCUGCAGUGUUACUUGGAGGUAGAGGAAAUGUUCCACAACAGUGACCUAGAUGUAGCCGGUUUGGUCCUCCACAAUAAAAGACCAGAGAUGGACCCGGAGCAGCUUUUGUAUUGCGCGAGGAGUCAUCAAGGACUCAGGGCUAAGAAUCGGUUAGUGCUUAACCUGGUUAAAGGAUUACGGGCUCACUUCCCUUUAAUCAACAACUGGGAAUAUUUGGACAUGUCAAUUCGUCGCCUUUCGCAACUCAGCAAAAUUCCCUACAGCCAAGUGACAGACCAUGCCAGACAGCUUUUAUUGCUCCGGAGAGACGGGCCCCCCUUUCAAGAACGAACACGCGAACUCAUCGAGGCCUUGUGGGACUUAAUGGACUCUCCCAGCUCCAACGGCGCAGUGGUCAGCCAUGUGCCGCCUAGCACCCCCAUGUCUCCAACCGCCUUCGGCGGACUAUAUGGCUACCGCCUCAGCCCCACUCCAGGCAGUGGUGGGCUCUUCCUGCCGCUUUCUGGUGGAGGUCACAUCCUCAAUGCGCCCGGCAGCGUCUGCACCACCGGAUCCAACCAUGCCAGUGGUUGCAACAGCACCAGCCUUGGUCUUUGCGCCCUUGAUCUUAACCGAUUCCCGACCGAGUCGCUAGUCGUCGCCUUAUGCCAUCAGAACAGUGAAAUUCAGAAGCUCGCUCUACAAAUCCUCGUUCUUAGAAUUUACGGCGUGAAACCCGGCAAGGUUAAUGAAUUCAUCGUCAGAGCAAAAAGCGAAUCAUGGGCUACAGACAAGGCAGACGACCGAAGUGCAAUUCGUGAUGUAGAUGAAUGUACGUCAAAGGACGUCCAGGCCGAGAACGGGUUGAUUGCGGUGUGGUCACAUGAGAGCUUGUUCAAUUACGAUUGGUUGACUGCUAACUGCGAUAUUCUCAAGGACGAUUGUUGUGGCGCAGACAAGGAAGGUUACCGGCCGGACAGCAACGGGUCUUUGACGAGUCGUGUGGAGAAUGGUCCGGACACGAACCAGCGACUGAGUUCGCGCUACGUAGCGGCUGGCAGUCGGUUGCAUCACAUGUUGAAUGCGUUCGGCGCUUCUGCGGAGGCGGGGGAGAGCCACGGUAUUAAUGGUGGGAGAUUGCAACAGACCACUGCGUUCUUGAUCCACUCGCCCCCUCCGGAUAAGUUUGUGGCCGAGUUCCGUCGCUGCUUGACCGAAAUCCGUGAACUUCAAUCCCAUAUGCCAGACCCGCCGCCAAGCACCGACGGUAAGGUGUUGCUUUGUGUAGUAGUGGACGUGAGUAAACCGAACACCAUUGAUUUCCGGGGUGCAUUGAAUAGUUGCACGGACUUGCUCAGUGCGCUUCAAACGAACCUGGUGUGGGUGAGUUACUUGUGCCAAGAAAAUUGUUUUGUUGAAGCGGACACGGAGCCGACCAGCGCCUUCAGUGACAUCGGCCUUUACGGACAAGGAAGCGGUGUGAGUAGUGGUAUAGGCACGAGCGCGGGUGUAGGUAGCGACUUUGGUGGCGCUAGUGGCCGUUUGGCUAGCGGCCGUUUAUCGAACAAGACAGAUCUAGACGAUCGCUUGCCUGCGGAGACGCCAUCAUUGAAGUUCUUUUACUACCGGAAUGUCCGCGAGUUGCCUUACCACCGGAAUAUGAAUAGUACGGCUGAUGAGGAAUGGGAGGAAGAGGGAAUUUUGAGGAACUGUGAGAUGCCACUGUUCCAGUAUUUGGAAUUGAAGCGACUAAGUCGGUUCAAGUGUAUCAAGUCGACCACGAACGGCAACAGUCAUGUACACGUAAUCAAGGGCAUUCCGAAGAAUACGAAUGAACAGGCGAGUCGUUAUUUUGUGAGGAUGAUUGUGAAUGUUGCGAAACCUUUAACCAGCGAGAUGGGUUUAUUUGAGCAGGAGCGUGUCUUUGUUAGCGGGUUAAACUUUCUGCAAAUGUCGCUGAGAGAGGCUGCGAGGCCCAGUACUAAUAAUCACAUUCUUAUUUCUGUACAGUAUAUUAGUGACUCUAUCUUAAAAUCGAAGAAGAACCGACCGGCGGAAGAGCCUAAUUCGGUGAAGUUGACCCCGAGUAUGGCAGAGCAAAUAGCUAGAGAUAUAUAUGAGCGGUACGAGAAAAGGUUAAUAAAGUUGCAUGCGACUACAAUCGAGUUUCGGUUUAAGACUCGGGGCGUCGGGCAGAUAAAUCGGGAGCACGGGAGUCCGGCUUUGACGGAUGGUAUUUACCCGUACCGCAUAAUCCUGGAGAAUCCAUCGGGCCAGAGUUUACGUUGCCGGCGUUACGUGGAAAUCCAGAACCCGAGCACUGGCGAACGGGUGUUUGCUGCGUUGGAUUCGGGAGAUGCGCUGUCAACUUUAAUUCUCAAGUCGAAUCCCACAUCCACGGCGGUUAACUCGAGCAAUAACGAGGACUAUGACGGCAAACCCAUAGACACACCGCACCCGUGGGCCGGUCGUUUGGAAUCGAAGCGGUCUGCCGCGGCUGCGUUGCAAACAAUGUACAUAUACGAUUUUAUAGACCUCUUGGAGGUUGCGGUGCGUAAUAUGUGGCGCCGAUGUCCAAAGUAUUUACUCGGGACGGGAGAGGAGGAUGCGCACCCGGGAGGGGAGGUGGAGGCGGGGCCGACGAUUUUAGUACCAGACAAAGUGGUGGAGGUGAUUGAGUUGGCUUUGGAUAAACGAGGCGAUUUGCAAGAGGUCCUGCGGCCCAUUGGGCAAAAUGACUGCGGUAUGGUGGCUUGGAAGGUGUUGUUGCGCACUCCAGAGUUCCCCAAAGGACGUCGUCUAAUCAUAAUUGGAAAUGAUGUCACAUACGCUAUGGGCACCUUCGGUGUGCAGGAGGACUUGCUAUUCCAGCGGGCCUCGCAGAUGUCACGUCAGCAAGGCAUUCCGCGUAUCUACAUCGCCGUAAAUUCUGGCGCACGGAUGGGUCUGGCACCGGAAAUCCAGCAAACGUUCCGCGUAGAGUGGAUAGACCCGCGCAACCCGAAGCAGGGCUUCAAGUUCAUUUACUUGACGGACGAGGACUACAAGGCAUUGCCGCCGGACGUGGUGAUUGCAGAACCAAUGGAACAUGCCAGCGAAGGCCAAAUAUGGCGCAUCGUAGAUGUGAUCGGACAGCAGAUCGGGCUCGGCGUCGAAAACUUAUGCGGUUCGGCGGCCAUAGCCGGCGAAACGGCGCGUGCGUACAAGGAGGCGGUGACCAUCACGUAUGUGACCGGCCGCACAGUGGGUAUCGGGGCAUACUUAGCGAGGUUAGGACAUCGGGUGAUCCAGAAGGAAAACGGUGCUCCCAUUCUCUUAACGGGUUUCCAGGCGCUGAAUCGGCUCAUUGGGCGACAUGUGUACACUUCGAACAAUGAGAUCGGCGGACCGGACGUGAUGUUUAAGAACGGCGUCACGCAUCAGGUGGUCCGGACGGACCUGGAGGGGUGCGAGGCGAUACUGGACUGGCUAUCGUUCGUGCCAGAGCACCGUGAGGGGCCUUUGCCGGUGAUGAUUGACCCAAAUGAUCCUAUCAGUCGGCGGAUCGAGUACCAGCCGAGUUCGCUCACAGACGACCCGCGCUUCAUGAUGACCGGCUGUGUGGACGCGAAUGGACGCUGGCUGGGCGGCUUACUGGACAAGGGCUCAUUCCGCGAGGUCAUGGAGGGCUGGGCGCGUUCAGUUAUUACUGGUCGUGGACGGCUGGGUGGGUUACCAGUGGGCGUUAUUCUGGUUGAGACGCGGGUGACGGAAACGUUGAUUCCGGCGGACCCUGCCAUGCCGAUGAGUAGUGAGCAGCGCUUGACUCGGGCGGGACAGGUGUGGUUUCCUGAGAGCGCGUAUAAGACGGCGCAGGCGAUCUACGAUUUUAACAAAGAGGAAAUUCCGCUGCUGGUGGUAGCUAAUUGGCGAGGUUUUUCCGGAGGACAGCGUGACAUGUUCCACGAGGUGCUGAAGUUCGGCAGUAUGAUAGUGGAUGCGUUGGUCGAGUACCGACAGCCGUGUCUGGUGUACGUACCGCCCAAAGGAGAACUGCGUGGUGGCGCAUGGGUCGUUGUAGAUCCGCGGAUAAAUCCCGACCACAUGGACAUGUUCGCAGCGCCGGACUCACGAGGCGGCGUCAUGCAGCCUAAUGGGACCGUCGAGAUCAAGUUUCGUGACAAGGCCUUACGGGACGCGGCAAUCCGGUCGGAUUCAGAGCUGCGACGCAUUACGGACGCCAUUGCGCUGCUGACUCGGGCGGGCGUAACCAGCGGCGACGCACGACUAAUCCAACUUGAAGAGCAAUUAGGUCGUCGACUCGAACACAUAAUGCCCGUAAUGCGACAAGUUGCUGUGCACUUCGCAGAUCUUCAUGAUACCGCCAUACGGAUGAAAAGAAAGAAAGCCAUCACAAACAUUGUGUCUUGGGAAUCCAGCCGACAAGUAUUCUACUGGAGAUUCCGACGACAACUCAUCCUUUAUAAUCUACGCAAUGAAGCCAUCAAACAUAACCCAAAACUCACUAUACAACAGGCACAAAAACUUAUCUGCGACUGGGCCGCCGAAUCUGGACACUGUUCGGACAAUUCUCAGGAAUUCGUCCAAUGGGCUUGCCGCUCCAUUCAAGACCUCUCACGCAGAUUACAUGCACUCCGGCAAACUUACAUUCGUGACCGAGUCGUCGAUCUCUGCAAAGAGUCACUUACUGCCGUUGUCCAAGGCCUCAAACAAGUUGACAAAAACAGUUAUGAUCGACUCCUCUCCAUCCUGCAAAAAAUCAACAAUGACGCUGUCGUAGACCGGAAGUCUGAUAUGAAUCAAGAGCCGACCAACGCGGACGGGCAGAAGGCAGCAUUGGACACUAUCACUUCGGCAGUGUCUCAUUAG